AUUUAUUUAUUAUAUCUUCUUCAGGCCUCCACCCCGCACAAGGGUUUUCCGAGUGCAUUUUUCCAAAUCCCUAAUUCUGCGCACCAAUUCGUCGUCAAUUCCCAAAGUUUUUACAGUUUGUUAUCUUGUUGAAUAUGCUCUCUAUUUAAUUUGGAGUGUUGAUAUGGAACCAGCGACCGCUUCUUCUGAUGCUAACGGCGGAGGUUCCACACCGGCGCCGGCCCCGGCCCCGGCACCGAUGCCGACGACGAAUGCGCCACCUCCGUUUCUGGUGAAAACGUACGACAUGGUGGAUGACGCUAGCACGGAUAAGAUAGUGUCGUGGAGUCCGACCAACAACAGUUUCAUCGUGUGGGACUCUGCGGAGUUUGCUAGAGAGUUGCUGCCGAAGCACUUCAAGCACAGCAAUUUCUCCAGCUUUGUCCGGCAGCUAAACACUUAUGGUUUUAGAAAGGUUGACCCAGACCGCUGGGAGUUUGCUAACGAGGGAUUCUUGAGAGGGCAAAAACAUCUGCUUAAAAACAUUAGUCGUAGGAAACCUGCCCAUGGGCAACCUCAGCAACAGCUACAACCAAAUGGACAGAGUUCUGCAGUCGGGGCAUGUGUCGAGGUUGGGAAAUUUGGGCUUGAAGAGGAAGUUGAGAUCCUUAAAAGGGACAAGAAUGUGCUUAUGCAGGAGCUUGUCAGGUUGAGGCAGCAGCAACAAUCCACUGACAACCAGUUACAAACAAUGGUGCAACGCCUUCAGGGUAUGGAACAGCGUCAACAGCAGAUGAUGUCAUUCUUGGCAAAAGCUGUGAACAGCCCUGGAUUUCUUGCACAAUUUAUGCAGCAGCAGCAGCCAAAAGAUGGCGGUCGACGCUUAUCUGAAGGCAAUAAAAAGCGGAGACUUAAGCAGGACGAUGUUUCUCCCGAUGAUUCUACCAGUCCUAUGGACGGUCAAAUUGUUAAAUACCAACCAUUAAUGAAUGAGGCAGCAAAAGAUAUGCUCAGGCAGCUUAUGAAGGUAGAUUCUUCACCAAGGCUAGAAAACUUCAACAACACAUCCGACAGUUUCUUGAUUGGUGAUAAUAUAUCGACUUCUGCUGCAUUGGAUGCUGGGAGUUCUUCAAGCUAUGUUUCAGGAGUGACUCUACAGGAAGUACCCACAACAUCUGAGCCAUUAUUCAUCCCAACAAUUUCAGAAAUUAAUGGAGGCUCUUCUACAGGUAUAUCUGAUGCCCGAGCAUCAUCAGCUGGUGCAUCUCCUGAAGGUAUGAGUAAUCAAGUUUUUGGCAUGGGACCUCUUAUUGGAGGUGAUCAAGCACUUCCGACUACCCUUCCAUCGACAGGCACAGUAGUGCCUGGGAUCCCUCAAAUGGUGUCAGAAAGCAAUGUCAAUAUCAUGGGACCAGAAACUGGGAGUAGUUUCAUGAAUACUUCAUCAUUGACAGUAGACGACAAAGUUCCAUUCGAUAUAAGUGGAUUCUCCUCCAAUUCACAGAUGGAAUGGGAUGACUCCCUACUGGAUGAGAUCCCUGAACUUCCUGGAGUUGGUGAUCCCUUCUGGGAAAAGUUCCUUGCGAGCCCGAGCCCACCACCAUUUGACACUGAGAUGGACUCAACCCGAACUAAUAAUUUACCCAAUGAAGAGACAAAGCCCUUGGAUAAUGGAUGGGACAAAUCACAGCACAUGGCACAACUCACCGAGCAGAUGGGUCUUCUCUCAUCAGAUGCUAAGAAAGCCUAAAUUUUCUAAUUGUGGUACGCCAUCACCACCCAAGAUCUUUUCUGGCCACAUAUCGAAUUAACUUUGUACUUACUGUAAACUUAUGUGGCGCUGACCGUUGCGUUUUAACUUUCUUCUCAACAUUAUAUGCUCUACAUAUUCUUUGCACAUAUGAAUUGUAUGUUUUUGCAACCUAUAUUUUUACUCUUCCUGCCUGUUACAUUAA